CUGUUGGAAGCCACUACUUUUUCAACAUUUCGGUAACGUUACGCUACGCCUCAAACUACAGGAGAAAAACACACACUAGCUGUUGCUAUCUACACUCUGACGAGGCUGGUUCUGUCGGGAUUUAUAUGUAGACAUCUGACUCACGCUCUACGAGGAAUAACAAAGCUUUAUUUUUUAAAAAACGUAAUUUUUCCCCACACCGAGGCGAUUUCUUCCUCCGAGGCGAGAAUCCCACAAAAGGCCGUCGCUGGAAAUCAACGACUCGUCGGAGAGGCUAUCGGUGUGUCUGGAGCCAGGACUAGCAGAGACAAACGACACUUUAGGCCGCUUCAUUGUCGGUUUGUUUCGCGGCUGGUGUAACGUUAACGUCGUAUUACGGUGUUAUAACAAGGACAGCCGAGCGAGGACCGUGAUUUCCCUCUCCGCUUGGCCAUGCGAGGAGCUCGGGUCUUCACUGAAGAAUGUUUCGCCUUCCCCCGGCGUUAGCUCUGCCGCGGCUCCAUGGCCAACAGUAACAACAUGCUCCUGGCCUCUGCCGUGGUGGUGUGGGAAUGGCUGAACGAGCACGGCCGGUGGCGGCCCUACAGCCCCGCCGUCUCCCACCAGAUAGAGGCUGCUAUCCGGAGCAGCGACCCUCGCGGAGGGAGCGUGGUCCUCGGCCAGGUGGACAGCCGGCUCUCGCCGUACAUCAUAGAUCUCCAGUCCAUGCACCAGUUCCGACAAGACACAGGAACCAUCCGUCCGGUGCGGAGGAGUUUUUAUGAUCCAGCCUCGGCCCCAGGUCAGGGCUGGCAGUGGGAGUGGGAAAAUGAUGCGGGUACGUGGACGGCCUACGACAUGGAGGUGGCCAUCGCAAUUGAGAGCGCCCACAAUCAGCAGCCCUGCCUCGACCUGACACCACUCGGCUUCUGCUACCUCAUUGAUUUUCAGAACAUGACACAGGUGAACAGACAGAGCCAGAGGUUUCGGAGGAUCCAGAGACGUGCUGACAUGGCCUACCCUCUAGUGUCCGGUCCUCUUCCAAUACCCAAAGGAGGUGGUGUAGGAGGAAGUGGUGGCCUAACAGGGGCGCUGCUGGGUGUUGGGGUGUCGGGGGCCAGCAUGGGGGUUGGAAGCUCUGUCUACCCCAAUGGGGGCUUGCCGGCUACUGGACUGGGCCAGCCUUGUUCGUGCCAGCAGUGCAUGCUGGUCCUUAGUGUGAAGACCAAUACAGGAGGACCAGGGGGAGGAGGUGUAGGGAUACAGACUCUAGGUAGACGCUCACUAACCUUGCAGCGGCCCAAGAACUCAGCACCCAUUGCCUCUAAACCUCUGAGCCCGUCUAAAUCAGCCACUCUGGGACGAGGACAGCAGCAGAAUUCCAACUCCAACUCUAACUACUAUCAGACCCUGCCACACGGCCUCGCCAUCUCCAGAAACAUCGCCUCUCCAAGAAGGAACGCCCAGCUCUUUGCUCAGUCGCUGGCUGCUCUCACUGCUGGCACCUCCUCUCUGGGUAUCUCCUCGUCUUCCAACAGACCACCUCCACCAUCCCUCCCGCCUCCUCAGCCUCCAUCAUCCAACCCAAAUCUGAACCCUCCGUCCAUUCCAGCCAAGCACUCCUCAUCAUCAGCCAACGAUUCAGUGCCAACCGCCACAUUAGUUACCCCUGCCAACAGCGUGACCACGCCGCCUUCUCCUGUGCCAUCUCCAUCGCCGGUGGUGAUGAAGCCACAGCGCACGCCAUCGUCAGCAGCGACAGUGUGCCAUGCCCCGUUGCCACAGAGAUCAAGCUUAGCCGGGCUGAGCAGACCAGCAUUACAGAGGAUUGCAAUGGCCCAGUCCAGAGCACUCAUAGCAUCAGGAGUACCCACCGUCCCAGUGAAGAACCUCAAUGGAUCCAGUCCUGUUCACCCUGCACUGGCAGGGAUCACAGGUAUUUUGAUGAGUGCUGCUGCUCUGCCCGUGUGUCUGACUAGACCUCCAAAACUUGUGCUGCACCCUCCGCCUGUCAGCAAGAGCGACAUCAAACCUGUGCCAGGCUUUGGCCACUGCUGCAGGAAAACCACCAAGAAACAGGCUCGCAAGGGUAAAACUCCAGAGGAGGUGGUAAAGAAGUACCUGCAGAAAGUAAAAAGUCCACCAGAGGAGGACUGCACCAUCUGUAUGGAGCCGUUGGGGGGGCCGUCUGGAUAUAAGGGUCCAGGGGUGGGGCCUGUGUCUCGAGCAGAGUCAGUUGGGCGACUAGCACAGUGUGGACACCAGUACCAUUUCCAGUGUCUGGUGGCCAUGUAUAAUAAUGGCAACAAGGACGGCAGCCUUCAGUGUCCCACCUGUAAAACCAUCUACGGUGUAAAGACAGGCAACCAACCAGCAGGGAAGAUGGAGUACCACGUCAUCCCUCACUCUCUACCAGGGCAUCCUGACUGCAAAACCAUACGCAUCAUCUACAACAUACCACCAGGCAUUCAGGGACCAGAGCAUCCGAACCCAGGGAAGCCCUUCACUGCCAGAGGCUUUCCCCGACACUGCUACCUCCCAGACAGCGAGAGAGGACGCAAGGUACUGAGACUGCUCCUGGUAGCGUGGGACCGCAGGUUGAUCUUCUCAGUUGGGACUUCGAGCACUACUGGAGAGUCUGACACCGUCAUCUGGAACGAGGUCCACCAUAAGACAGAGUUCGGCUCCAACCUGACGGGCCAUGGCUUCCCCGACCCCGGACAUCUCGACAACGUCCUGGAAGAGCUCCGAGCUCAGGGCAUCACAGAGGAUGACGGACUGAUGGAAAAGUGAAAGGACAAGCGAACAGGGCAGCGGAGAAGGAGGAAACAUCCAUGUGAGAGCAGUGAAGAGUGGAAGGGAGAAUGAGGAGUAAAGGAAGAGACAGUGAAAUUAACAGAAGCAGGAGUAGGAAAAGAGGAGGUCCUGGACUGAGACACACUCUGUCUGCCAGCACUUACUGGGGCGCGGGGGGACAUUUUGGGUUAUAGAGGACAUUGAUAUUGUUUUGCGAAGGGAACCACUCUUCAGUCACUGCUGGUUUCUCCUGUCAAUGCAAGUCUGUUCAAAAUUCAUAGUUUUCAAGCAAGCACAUCAGCAGAAGGGGGAGGUUUGAGGAAGCUGCAGCACAGUCAGAAAAGCAACUCAGAAAGAGGCUGAGGCUGAGAAACCAGCAGAAAGAAUGAUGGCACUCAAGGUUUUAGCUACUACACAGCUAGGUACUAAAUGUCAACAAGUGAGAAUGAAUAGGUACUAAUAUUUAGGACAAGAACAAGUUCACUUUACUGAGAGAGAGAAUAACCAGGACAAGAAGGUAAAAUGUUGGAGCAGUUUCAUGAAAACUGGGAGAGAAAGGACAAAGAGAAAGAAGUUGGAGCGAUGGGGGAGGGGACAGGAGGAGGGAACGCAGGAACAAUGUAGCAGAAAGAGACAAAGAUGGUGUAUGAAUGUAGCGUAGGAUAGGAGUAGAGUAAAAUUAACUUGUACGGUACUUAACAGGUACUUUGGCUAACACUAUAAACACAAGGAAACCAAGAGUGAUGAAGGGAAGGACAGCCGGACUGUGUGCUCGCUUUGUUCAACACACCUGCUCGUUUGUGGUUGAAGUGCUGUUGCUCCCUCUCGUGGUGGUGCUGAUGAACUACACCUCAGCCUGCAAGCUUCUGGAACACACCAGAACGUUACUAUGAGUUAUCCACCUGUGUUACUUCUUAUCAUUAUCACUAUAAUCCUCAGUUAAUGUCAUUCCAUACUUUACCUCCUACUUUUGACUUGAUGGGUUUUAUAUGACCGAGGCUCUGUACGUUUAUGAUUGUGUGUGAAAUGACAAAAGACCAAACUAAGGCCUGCUCUUCUGGGCCUAUUUGGAGUCUUACUAUUGAGUCACUGUGGUACACGUUAACCUUAGAUACACAGGUACCAGUAUUUACUUAUAAUUUUUAUUUGUGUCCCCUUUGGUGGUUCACAUGGUUUCAGUGGAUGUAAACGCUGUUGUAUCCUGUCAGCAGUGCGGCACCUAGGUGAGGAUUUGAUUAUAGAGCUUAACGAUGAUGAGCAUUUUCCUAGAACUAAGUGCUGAGGAUUUACUUCAAGGCCUAAGUGUUUAGUUCUAGUUGAAUGAGCUUCACUGUCAGAGCUUAAACUCAAGACAAAUGAAGCAAAAGGCCGGUGCCAGGCUCACAGCCAGAAAGCCGCUCAGACUGGGCAGAGGGUUGGAGGGUGGAGAGGACAAAGAGUGGACCUGAAGCAGAGAUCAUGGCCUGGUCAAACACAUGGUAAAAAACAAACUCAGUAUUCAAAUAAAUUCAAGUUGGUCCGUCUGAAAGUUUGUUGAGGAUACAGGGAUUGAUAUUAUCCCUAGUAGACAGGGAAAACACAGUUAAAAAGGCAUCUAUUAAAGGUCCCAUAUUUAUGUAAAUGUAAAUUCGCCUCACAUGUGUCAUCAGAGAUAGUUAAUGCAGACUGUUUCCUCAUUUUUACUUGAGAAGUUAAAUUGCAGGUCCCUAAAACCAGGACACACAUUACAACUGGGCUUUCUCCUGAUUGGCUGGCAUCACAAAAAAAUAGUCCAUCCAGUUUGCAAUCUGAACCAGAAGGCAGUAGAGCUGCAGUGAUUAAUAGAUUUGUUGAUUGGAAAGAAAUUCAUCGGCAACCAUUUUCACAACUUUUUGACAUUUCAUAGACUGAACGAUUAAUCAGUUAACCGUGAAAAUAAACGGCAGAUUAAUCGAUGAUAAAAAUGAUUGUUCCAGCCCGAGAAGUCAUUUUGCUGAUUUACUUCAUUUAAAUCCGAUGAGCCGCUGUGUCGGCCAGUCAGUAAUGUGAGUUCUCUCUGUGAGGGUGUAACAGCUCCUGUGAGAAGCUGAAUUAAUUCAGUAAAUAUUGCUGUAGCUUUUUAGCAGCUUUUUUAGGACAAAACAUCACAUCAAGCCUUUUUUGUACGUGCGCCAGAGGAGCAAUGUGUUUUGAAAAGGCCAGAUUCUAAAGGAUACUUAAUUUGGGAACUUUAAUCUAUGACUUGCGAUUGAGUUGGAGAUCACUAACUUCAUUAUUACCUCAACAACUCCCCUUAUCUCUACCUCUCCUGACUGAUAACACACUGCCCAGUCUCUGAGUUGGGUCUGUAUGUGACCCCUUAUCAUAAUGUUAUGAGACCUGUGUGUGUGUGUGUGUGUGUGUGUGUGUGUGUGUGUGUGUGUGUGUGUGUGUGUGUGU